AUCUUGAUAAUUGUUCUAUACAUUGUCUUAUAACUUCAUUAGGUAGUGCAGAGAUAAAAGAGACUGAGGAAGAGGUAGAAGCAGCACAGUUAAUCACAUAUUGGGCAUGUAUGAGUAUGAGGAUAUGGAGAAGGAGUAGUUGGUAUUUCAUUAAGAGGUUUUUGUUGAGGGAUUGGAGAUUUUGGAAUAGUUUGGGUUGUAUUAUUGAGUUGUUAGAUAAGUUUUUUGGUUUGGUGACUUGA